UAUAACGUACAGGCUAACCUUGUUUUAAAAUACGCUUCUGAUGUGUUGCAACAGCUGUCAGUUGGACCGCAGACUUCAAGGACCUGAGCCGGGUCAGCAGUAUCCUUGUGUCGGAUCCCAAGAUGAUGACCCUUUAUAGGAUGUUACACAGGAAAGAAAUCUGCCUGGAUUGGACAGAGGGUCAAAGAUUGUCAAAACACUUACCAUAACGUAGCUGAAAGCUGGAAUGCCUUGAAGAUGUAUUAGCCGUAUCACAGAGAGGGAUUUCAAGGGAAUAUGUGAACCUAACAGGUCUCGAGGCGGUGUUUCAAGGGCACAGGAGUGGGGUGUGGGGGCCGGCAUUAGCAGGAGCAGUCUUAAAAUAGAGCACACAGAAAGGGCUGACCCCAGGCUCAAGGAUACGUUUAAGUGCUACUGACCUUGCCGUCAGACCUUAAGAUGAAAUAUCUCCCCAGUGGGGUUCUGUUUAUGUUUUCAGAGUAUUUUAAUGGUGGUAUUGGACUGAGUUCUGCCUGUGAUUUACAGCCUCCAUCACAAAGGAUAUCUGCCAGCAACUUGGCAGAAGGGCCACUCUUUGCACAGCGAGGGCCUGGGGGGCUGCAGAACUAUGGAUGUUUCCCUGCAACCAUUUUAUUGACCUUUGGUUAUGGGACCCAACUGUGAAACAGUAAAGAACUUGUUUAACAUUCAAAUGUAUAGCCACCCAAACACCUGGGGCCUAGAGGAGUGGGGGGAGCAAAAGAGUGGAUAAACUGCAUGUGCAUGUUUGCAUUUCUGUGUAUUUUGGCUCUGUUUAGUUGUCCUAAGUCCCACUGUUAUUUUCAGAGACUUAUGCAUAUAUACCUAUAUUCUUGGAUUAAUGAGAUAUAAGAGGACAUAUAUGGCCAUUGGGAUGCAAUGGAUCAAUUCUGGUUAAAGUUAAUUCACUAAAUUAGCAAGAAGCAUUUUGGAGAUAGCAGUGUUAAGCCAGAGGUGCUACCAUUCAAAACAUUUUCCAAGACUCUACCUUUAGAUUAUUCCUUGUUUGUUUUCACUUCUCACUUCUCUCCUAGUAUCCUGGUUGAAGGACACCUUUAAAAUGAGGGAUGAGCCAUAAUGAGAAAAGAGAUGAAAAUUAAUCAAAGAUGACACUAGAAAUGAUGUGAAAAAUAAUUUCUUUGGCAUAGUAUUCGGAUGUGAGGGAGCGUGUAUAUAUGUGUGUAUUUAUAUGCACACACAUACACAAAAACUGUCAUUGCUCAUCUCUUGUAACAUUUGUGAAGGACUAUGCAAGGUGAAAACUAAUAACCUCUAAGUGAAGGUGGGGGGUGACCUUUAAUUAAGUCUUUGGAGUGAGAUUCAGAAAUCAUGGACUCGCUUCCUGUCUCUCUCUCUUAAUUUUCCUUUGUGAUUUCAGGUAAAAUCUUGAGGAUCUGUUUUGGCAAGGCACUGAGUCGCGACAGUUAACCUGUUAACCUCUAUGAGAUUAGUCAGAUGCUGAAAUACCCUGCUCAGCUGUGCCCUGGCUCUUCAGUUCCUUUUCUCUAAAGUGAAGAUAGCAGGUUUUCCUUCUCCCCGCAGGUUUUGCUCUCAGCAGUGGCAUUGCACUGUUCCACAUUUCAAACUAGCCUUUUAUGGCCCCGAACAUCACAGAUGACAGCACCAGAUCCUUUUUCAGUUUCAAACAGCAAAGCUUUCUCCUUAAAAAACAGACUAACUACAUGAGACACACUGAAGAUGGGCUGGGAAAGAGAAAGGAAGAAUUGAGGGAAAUGAAAUGUUAUCAUCAUCAUUUUGUCUGAAAAGGAACCAGGACAAAGAGACAGCGAAGUCACUGAGCUGUGCCUGCAAACACUGACUGAAGAUCGGUCCUUGGGUUUACAACACACAGGGGCAAUUAAAUUUUACACAGUGCCUAGUGUUUUGUACUAAAAUUGAGUGUCACCCUGAGAUCUGUAGGAGUCCAGAGCUAGUCACAUUCUGCUGUAAUGUGAGAACACUGAAUGCUCAUCAGCAGUGGAAGGAUAUUUAUAUUUCCCUGGUGGAGUACCUGCCAAACUCCAUGUUCUGAAAAUCGUUUGCAGCUGCCUGCUAGAUAGCCUGGUGGUUUAGCUGCUGCAGUGCCAAGAGAGAUGCUGAAACAGGCAGUGAUGGACAGAGGUUGCAGAUUUUCUCUGGUCAGCAAUAGUUAGGCUUUUGUGCAGGAGGCAAUGUGCAGUUACUUGCAAAUGCCCCCAUAUUUUCUUGUAGAGUGACACGCUGGUCUCCAGAGGGAGGAAGGAUUAGCAUGGAUGCUAAUGUCCCAUGGUCACAUGCUGUGUCCAUACCUGCAGGAUGCAUGCAGGAUGAGGGCGACCAGACAGUCUGUCCUCCAGCUCGCCUUCCCACUACGGUUCCAGCCCUGACUCAACGAGCAGGAGCGUCUGUGAGCUCUGAUUGAGCAAGGAGGCCUUGCCGUGCAGCUGGCGUUCUGCACGCUGCAUGUUCAAGGAAGGCAGCAGGACUGAAGCAAGAGACAGCAAACAGCUGGUUAUGCAAACCUGGGGGAGGCCCUUCCAUGUCAGUGUUAGAAAAACAGAUGGCUUUCCCGAUGCUGGGAAGUUGGGACUGGAAACCUCUCUGGAGGAUCUGAGCCACCUCACUCACAGCCUUCAUGAAAGCAGUGCCAGGCUACACAGGGCAGAACCCAGCCAAGCUCCUGCUGCCGCCCACCAGCACCCGGCCAGCACAGCAAACCCACAGCACGCCCCAGGUCCUUUCCUGCCACAGGUUCAUACCUCUGCGACCUGCACAGCACGUCCGGACCGGACCUGCACAUCCAGGAGCAGCGCAGCGUGUCGUGCUCCCCCGCCGCCAGCCGACCACAGGUCUCUGCACCGUUACCAACCCACGCAACAUCGGAGCGGCUUCGCAGUAAAUAGCGCCGGGGCCAAGGAGAAGCAAGAAAUCCAACUUCACUUCACCAGGGUUCGUUCUUUACCUCUCCUCCCGGUGCCAGGCAUUUCCUGCAGAGGACUGGCAGUUAGUUCUCAAAUAAUUUGUUCACUAAUGAAAUCAGAAAAGGGAAAAAACCUUUUAUUUUUCCUCCCUCUUGCCAUAAAACCAAGAGAAAUUAAUAAUAGGUAUUCUAAAUACAGAGACCUGGUUUUGGUCUGUUUCAUGAAAGGAUUGUUACAUGGUGAUUAUGAUUAAGAAAAGUAUUUUUCUUCUGCACAGACUGUAAUGGAUAAUUCCCAAAACAAGCCUGUUUGCAGACCCCAUUUGUUAAGCUUUUUCAAACUUGGAAGACCACCAACUCCUCAGGGUUGUCUAUUGGCAAAGGUCUGGCAUUGCAAAUGCCCUUAGUAAAUUUGUGUGCCCAUG